GAGUCAUUUGAAUUCAUAUCGUCUGUUCACUGGCUAGAAGCCCAAGAACAAGUCUUUGUCAGAGACAAAGGUCAUUCAUUCUCUCACAACUACCCACUUCAUUCUCUGUGACACAAAUCCGUUUUUGUCACAUUACAACUAUUUAAGCCCUAUUUACCAGGAGCUCGCACGUCUUAUACUCGAACCCUUACACAAAUAUCCCCUUUGAAUAACUCAAAGUAUCAUCAACAUAAAAAACAAGAUGCGUUCCCACGGUCUCGCAUCCAUCGUCAUCUUCGGCGGCCUCGCCGCCUCAGCCCCGGUGCUCUCCACCCGCGAGACGACGGCCGCCUCCAUCAUCGGAAGCAUCAUGCCGACAUCCAACUCGUGCGACGGAGCCACGUUCCCCGACGAGUGCCGCACCGCCGAGCAGGCCGCCCCAUUCUUGAUCAAGGCCAUGCAGACGUACAACCUCUACUCGGCGGGCGAGAUCGCCGGCGUGCUCUCCCUCGUCGGCUACGAGAGCGUCGACAUGCGGUACAAGCAUAACGUUUCUCCGGGACGCCCUGGCCAGGGCACCUCAAACAUGCAAAUGGUCAACUACAACCAAGAGUACGCGUCCUCGAUCCCCGAGCUGCAGCCCAAGGUGGCCGGCGCCUCGGACAACGACGUGCUCGCCCUCGUGACGCCCGACGAGUACAACUUCGGCUCGGGCCCGUGGUUCCUCGCGACCCAGUGCUCCGACUCGGUCCGCCAGGCACUCCAGGCCGGCACCGACGACGGGUUCCGCGCCUACAUGACGUGCGUCGGCGUCACGGCCAGCGACGACAGGCUGGCCUACUGGACCCGCGCCAAGGCGGCGUUUGGGCUCUCGGGGUAGACGAGCUCGUCCGCCGCGUGUGUGUGACGUAUUGAGGCAAUUUUUGAUAAAUUCCCUCUUCUUCUUCUUCUACUUCUUCUUCCUCCGGGAUCUA